GAGUCGCUGCCCGCUAGCAGCGACGGCAGUCACAAGUGAUCGUCGUUGAUCUUCGAAAAACCAAAAGCACGAAUUUCACAACUUUCCGAUUGAUUAUUGUAACUGAACUUUUAGUAACUAGAACAUUUAUAUAAUGGGUCAAACAUCAAGUAAUGAGAGUAAUGGUGUACAACGGACUUCGGUUUCGACAAAGAAAUAUGAUGUAGAAACGUCUUCAGAGGAUAUUUAUUUCGCGAACGAUGGAAGACGACAAUUGCACGUUGGGAUGAAUAACUAUAACGGAGAAAAUCAGCCGCGAUCGGAGGGUCCAAGCCCUUAUAUGACCUUGAGGACGGACGAACUGCGGAAUCAGAGGCCAAUGGCACCUAGUCUGAUAAACGUACUACCUCCUAAACGCGAGACUUUGGCAACGUAUACUGCGCAAAUGAGAGGUUGGCAAUCUGCCGAUAAUCACGGCUCCUCGACAACGUUUCAACAGAAUAAUAACGAAAUGGAGCUCUCACAAAUCAUUUCGCAGUUGGCUGUGGCUAAUCAACAAUUAGCUAGUGCGCACAAUGCGACACUGACGCGUAUGGAAGCGUUGUAUUUAGAAUUGUCGAAGGCUAAGGAGAACCGGAAGCGAACGACUUCGGCGGAAGCUGCGGGAACGUACGACGAUGUUCUUUGGAAAAGAUUGCAAAGUACUGAUGAAGUUAUCGAAAAGGAAGAAUCACGAAGAUUAGAACAACGUGUUAGUAGACUGGAAAAAUUGCUGGGGGGGAAUAUCGCUGAACAAUGCGAACAAAGGAAUUCAUACUUACAAGAAAAUAGCAAAUUGCGUUCCAGAAUCGAGGGACUAGAUAGCUUGACACGAGACACAAACGACGAAGACUAUUCGACGAGAUCAGCAGAAUCUCGUUGUCAGUCAUCGGAACAACGAACGAAUCGCAUCAUGAUUGAUGCUCUUAGUGAAGUGCCUGAUAAUUGUGGCAAAGAUCAAGACGCAACAAAAGAAGAGGAGAAUAUUUACCGAUAUUGCAGCGCUCACUCUGAUGAUUCCGAAACAAAUGUUCCUAUGAUAAAUAGAAGCACAUGUUUCAGAGUAGAUUUAGAUAAAGUAUGUAGAAAGUGGACAAGGUUGAGAAACAAUGAGCAUAAUUCGACGACGAACAGUUCUGCAAGUGAAAAGAUACUGAAAUUGUCCGAGGAAGUUGAAAAAUUAACAGAAGAUAAAUUAAAAGGCCAAAAUGCAAACGAAAGAUUGUUACGUAGUUUAGCGGAUCAAAAAGCUUUGGUGGAAAAAUUAAGUGUAGAACAUGAGGAGAUGAAAGGGCGACGAUAUACAGUAGCUGAAAAUAAUUUAUAUGAAUGUAGACGACAACAUGAUGAACUGACAAAGCACUUGGACGUCGCCAAAAAAGAAAUCGAAAGGCUACUGAAAGAAGUCGAUAUCUUUAAGUCAGAAAAAGACACUGCCGAUACAAGAAUCUCAAUUUUAGAACAGGAUCUGCAAAAAUCAUUACUCGAGAAAGAGCAAAUAAAAAAUGUGGAAAAUCAAAAGGCAUCAAAAUUGCGAGCACAGUUAUGUGAAGAAGUCUCGGACAAAAAGAAGCAAAUUAAAGCUCUUGAAGAUGCUUUGCAGGAGAUUCAAAGACUGAAGCAAACUAUCAAGACUGAAAGGAAGAACGAUAAUGUCGCAUCGGAUGUGGAUAAUACUAUCGCUCCAUUAGAUGACAUCCCAGAGACUACGUCAGAUCCAGAUUGUACUGCUAGCAAUAUGGAGGAAUUUAGAAAAGAAUUAGCCUUGAAAAGGGAAGCUAGACAUAAAGCUAUCGCAGUAGUCUCGUCCGAAAUGGAAAGACUUAGAAAAGAAUUAGCUGCAGAGAAAGAGGCUCAUUCCGAAACGUCGAGUAUGUUAGCCCUUUUACGUUCCGCUCAAAGUAAUUCGCAAAACGUCAACUUCGCAGAUCAGCUUAGCACUUUUGUUAAGUCUACAACGAAGGAGCAAUGGAAUGAAAAUGACAAAAUGUUGAAAUGCGUGCAAGCGAAACGAUUAACGAGUACCUUAAAGGUAUCCGAUGAAGUAAGGAACGACAUACGAUAUCAAAUUGAGAAAGUGGAUGACCUUCGUUAUCAACUAGAGACUAAUUCAGAAUGUCAUCAGCGUCGUAUUCAAUGUUUAACAGAAGUGACCAACAAAGCACGUCAGUCUUGCGUUGCACGUGAACGUCGGACCAAUGAGUUGAAAGAUUAUCUGGCUCAAGUGUUAGUUAGACUAGGCGACAAAAGUUUUCUGGAAGUCCAAGAUGACGAGGGAGCCGAGUGCGAUCGACAACUAGAGAAUAUUAAUACAUUGAAGAGCCUCUACAACGGGAGGCUGAGAGUUUUGACCGAGUUGAAGGAUUCGGCGACCAAAGAGUUGAUGGAUAUAAAGCAGAAAUUAGAUUACUCUCUAAAGAAAUCGGAGAAUUUAGAAGAGGAACUUAAAAAAGCUGAAGAAAAGAUCGAUGUACAAGACUCGGAAAUAACGAACUUGGAAUCUCAAUUGGGGCUGACCAAGGCAGACUGCAGAGAUCUUCAGAAUCAGAUGUCUCUUAUUAACGGAUUGUUUACCCAGAUGUUGCUUGGAGCUUCCUCUGCAGACAUGGAUCUUGAUCGUUUAACUCAGCUGCUACAGGAGAAUCAUGAUCUUAUAAGUGACAUAGCUAGAGAGGAAAGUACUGAAGCAGCAGCUCUUCCUAAACUUCUUUUAGACUUGAUCAAACAAGUUGAAGAUGAUAAAGCGACUCAAAAUCAUGCGAGGGAUGAAACGAGCGUAGAAAGCAUUGACGAAGUUGAUAGGAAAGAAGACGAUCUGCAGGAAGAAGAUAUUGCCCACAAUUUACCAAAGGUGUGGCGCGUUUUAUUGGAGCUACUUAGUUGUCAUGCGGUGACCUCGCCAAGCGUUUCCGUUGCAUCCUGCUCGGAUCCAAAUAGCUGUUAUAAAUCCGUGGACACUCCAGCCGGCCCAAGAUUGGUAAUAUCUGUAAGCAAAACGUACAUUCGUUUGAAGGAGCUGAUCCUGGAAAAGAAACACUUGGAGAAGGAAAUGAAUCGCAUGAAGCAGUUAAAUACUCAUCUAGAGAGUAAGCUGAGUGAGCAGGAGAAAAGACUGUCCAUGGUGUCGACUGAGUUGAGCAAAACGUGGAACAUCGUCGGCCGAAUGCAAGUGCAACACCAACAGUUACACACACACGAAGAAAUAUUAAGAUACGAGUUGCAACAGAAGAGGAAGAUGCUGCAGGAGCUAAAACAGGAAUUGGAAUACUGCAGAGAAAAAUGGGAAUCAGCCAGGCAGAAAAAUACAAAAACCGAAUUAGAAUGGAGAAACUUGCGUCGUGAGUUUGCCGCACGGAAAGCUUUGGCUGCUCAUGAUUCUUUUAACAGUGCUGAAAGCGGUUUCAGUGAUGAAAGAGGCGACGAUACUGAUGAAGAGGAAGAACCAAUUGAAGGAAGAAUCAGAUACGGUCCACGCAGGCGGACACGAAAAGAAAAUCCUAGAGCAUCGACACCAGACACCGAGUCCGAACAGCCAACAGACACCGAACUGUCAGAAUCAAAAACUGGUUCAUCGAUAAUUUUGGAACAACGUACACCUACACCGGAGACCGAGACUGAAUUGGAUGAGACAGAAGUUACGCAUGUUGAUUUGGCAGCCAUUAAUUUAACAGAAGAUGAUCAGAUUGAGCAAAAUACGCAAGAGCCUUUGGACCCUUUGGACCAAGCCCUUACUAAUGUUAUACAGAAUCUCAUAAGAAUCGAAGAUACGGAAUCGGAUGAAGCUCUCUCGACUUUACAUGAGGGCACAAUAACGUUCUUUGAAGAACCGUGCGAUGCUCGAACUCUUGAACACGAUGAUAACGCGAGAGAUAAUAAUGAGAUACUUUUAAAAACGAAUUUUUGUGACAAAGAUCCGCAAUCUUGGACACCAACUGCUGAACUCUGGGAUUCAUCAUCCACUGUAAAGACACCAGAACAAUCAAUUACGAAUAUUGACCCACCCUCGGCCGAAGAUACUCCAUCAUCCGUUUCUCAACCAGUUACCAUUAUUGCGGAUACAAUCGGCACAACGGCUAUCUUUUCCAUUGGGCCUCUUCCCACCCUGACAUCUCCGUCUAUAAAAAGCGUGCAAUUCAGCAAUCCCUUGAUCGUGGGACCAUCUAAUCGUUUUAUUGCGCCAAUGUUUGGCGCAGCUGCGGCAGAAUUAGAAAAUUCGACCGGUAACUUCGACGUCUCUUCAUCUUCACUCGCUUCGUCCUCAUUACCAAGUGAGAAAGAAGAGCCGACAAAGGACACGGAACAACGAGCUUUCAAACUAAUUACAAAAGAGAACGUUGCGGAUUCUGACAGCGUCUCUGUAGAUUCUUUCUCGAGUCUUGACACAGUUAGAGAAUUUCCUACGACCGAUCUCAGUCCUGUGCCUUCGUCUACAUCAACAUCUAAAGAAGAACUGCGGGAAGGAGAUGAAGACUUGCAAAAGAAGACUACGGUAGCACCAACAAAACUUCGCGUUCCGGAAGAGGUCUUGGCAGCACGAUCUGAUCGAUUGAAACGUUUGGAGGAGCAAGCAGAUUGGCUCGUAAAGAAAAUGAAUGCAACGAGUAAACGAGGCAUUGCUCUUUGCACCAGAUUAGAAGAACUUCAUGAUACUUACGGUGAACCGCCGGUUCCCCCACCUAUGCCCGACGUUUUACCUAGUUUUAAGCUGCCAUCCAGCCUACUCGAUCUACCUUGUCAGGUGUCUAACUCGUCAUCCACAGAUGGUACUGAAACUGAAAAUUUGAAUGCGUCGAAAGACAAUGCAUCAGCAAAUGCACCGUGAUGGAUGCGUCAUAACUUUUUAAAAGAAUCAAUUUUCAUCAUUCAGAAGCAUUACAAAGUUAGAUACAUUUAUUUCGCAAAAUAAAUAUCUUUCCCGUGUGUGUGUUGCGGAUAUACGUACAAUAUAAUCUAUUAUACUAUUAAUAUAACUUAAUUAAUUAAUAUAAAAAAUGAGACAAUAA